AUGAUACUAGACUACCGUACCGACUGCUGCCCCAUCCCCUCAACCACCCCCUUCGACCGGUGGCAAGAACCACCCUCCGGCUCCCAACGCGACCAACAAAUCCUCCUUCAACCCGUGCACCUCCUCCAGCGCUCUACCAACAUCACUCCGCGCAUCAAUCCUACCGUUGACGAGUCCGCUCUUGACAUACCAUCGCCAAUUCGCCGCCAAAAACCCUGCCCAAAGCCUCUUCAUGCCACCACCACCCUCCCCCUCACCCCCACAACCAUAAACGAGCCUGACCAAGCUCCACUUCUCGCAGCAGCUAAUCCCCGCAGGACUGAUAGAGUAUCCGCGAUCGUGCGGGAUGAGUAGCGCCAGGAUCGCAUGCACCUUCGUCAGCACGUGAAAGGCCAAUUCUGGGACCUCGUAUCGUGUCGAGAGAUUAUAGAGGGCUAUGUGGCAUUCCAACUUGCUGGCGAGUGGUAGGUGUGCUGGGGGGUUGUAAGUUGAGGUUUUGAGAUAUGUAUUUAGGAGGGCGAAUGUUUCCGGGGUCGUUUGGUGUAGGUGGGUGUUUGUGGGGAGGGCGUGGAGGAGGGGUGUUGGGAGGGUGAACGGGGUGGAGCGUUCACCUAUUAGGAAGGUUUUUGUGGGGGGGCUGGUGGGGGUCAGUCUUUUCUUGGGAGGGGUUAGAUUGUAGAGGGGGGGCUGAGGGAAUAUAUACCUUGAGGGGGUGGGGGUAGGGGUGGGGAAGACUUGGGGAUGUGGGGUUCCUGUGGUAGGGCUUCUGGCGGCUUUGGUGUUUUCUGCUGAGUGUCGUGUGGUUGAAUGGUGAAGAUCUUUUUGAAUGUU